UGGGUUUUUGGGCUGGUUGGUUUCGUUGGUUAAGGUUGCGGUGGAGAGGGAGAGGGCUCGGCAUGGGCAUGGGGGUAUUCAGUCUUCGUGAUGGUGGUUUUCUUUUUUUCUUUCAAUCAAAAUACCUUUCUUGUUUUUUGUUUUUUCUGUGUCUUGGGGGCUUAUUCUGGGUGUUGGUUGGGAGUCUUCUGAUCUCAGCUUUUUGUAUUGUAAUCUAGAUGUAUAGCUACGUAUACAGGUUGGUGGUGUGGCUGUCUGGAUAAGUCUGAUGAUAUUGUUUCUGUUCUAUCAUGUGUUGGUGAUUGGUAAGGAAUGAUUGAUCUGUCAGGAUGGGGUGGUAAUAUUUAAAGCACUGUAUCAAGAGAGAUGGUCAAGUAAACACUUGGUGAUUGCCACAAUAUUACCUCUAC